CUUUCAGCAAUCCGCCAUGUUCGGGUUCAUCCGUCAGCACCCCGUCAUCACGGGUCUGGCGGUCGCCGGCAUUUCGGCGGCUGUCGCGUACUAUUUUCGCAAAUCAUUACUCAGCACAUUUUAUGGAGAGGAGGAGAGUGGUGAGGAUGAGGGCACAGAAGGUGAUGAGGAGGGCGGUGAAGCAAGCAAGACAACCCCGGACACGCCCGUCUCUGCGUCUGGACCCCAGAUGGAGGCACCUCCCGUGGUCCCCGUAGAGGCAGCAGCAGCACCACGCCCAAGAAGGAGCGGACCCCAACAGGACAACUUUGGCGGCUUCCGCAAAGGGUUCCUCGACGGCAAGAGAUUCUAAGCUGCUACGACGGCAACCGUGCUCCAAGGGCUCACAGUUUUAUGAACUGGAACUGAAAUGGAUAACGAUACACGGACAUGGAAAAUAACAUAGAUGGAAAUGAUGAUUAAAAGAUCGAAACGGAAAUGGAUAACGAUAUACGGAUAUGGAAAAAAAAAGAUGAAAAAUGAUGAGUAAAUGACCGGAACGGAAAAGGAUAACGAAUUAUUGAUCCAAGAAAAAAAACAUGGAAAAAGGACACAAAAAAAUUAAGAGCAAUCAUCAAGACCGAUGAGUUACACAUGGGGCUCCUCGACGGCAAAAGACUCAGAAAUACAACAACGUCAACCCUGCAGUGCUCAGCAAACAGACAAGUUUAUUGACCGGAACGGAAAAGGAUGAUGAAUAAAGGACAUGGAACAAAUAACAAAAUCAACAAAAAGCGAAAAUAAAAAAGAUAGAAAUACGAAUAAGAACAGAGAUGGAAGGAUUGAUUGUCUUACUAUUCCAAAAGAAAUGUCAAAACACUUUAUCUAGGUUAGUUAGGUAGCACGUUUUCAUAAGGACUUCCUUCUUGCACUUUGAUGAGGGGUAGGGGCGGGAAGGUGUUCCGCGAAACCGGGUGUUUACACGCGGGCCCCAAGAUUCAAAGUGCUAGUAGGAAUGUCAUUUAGUAUCAAACCAAGUGCUUCAAUCGUGAAAAUAAAAAUAUUUAAUGUCA